UUCUCCAAACACACCCCCCCCCUUUCUCUCUCGAAAACCAGCCACCUCCUCCCUUUUGACUACUCUUCUUCCGUGUUGCAAACGAAAUAUGCCCUGCGCUCUCUUCCGAACUACCUCGUCUCGUCGAAUUUGACCCCUUUCGCCUUCUCCCAUCGCACAAUGGCCACCGCGGUCGCCAAUGGCCACGCCACCCCCUCCGCUGAUGCGGCCAGACAACGGAGACAGAUCCACCACGCCGCCGACGUCGUGAUCGUGGGCGCCGGGAUUCUCGGAUGCGCCCUCGCCGUGACACUAGGGAGACAAGGCCGGAGUGUGCUGCUACUGGAGAACUCGAUGAAGGAGCCCGAUCGCAUCGUGGGCGAACUGCUGCAGCCCGGGGGUGUCCAGGCCCUGGAACAGCUCGGUCUCGCCGACUGCCUGGAGGAUAUCGACGCGAUCCCCGUCGAGGGCUACUACAUCACAUACCACGGCCAGCCGGUGGAGAUCCCGUACUCGCAGGCCUCGCCGACGACGCCGCCGCCUCGGGGCCGCUCCUUCCACCACGGCCGGUUCGUGAUGAAGCUCCGCGGCGCCGCGCUGGCGUGCCCCAACGUCACAGUGGUCGAGACCAAGGCCACGGAGCUGGUCACAUGCUCGCACACCAAGCAGGUCCUGGGGGUCGAGUGCGUGACCAAGGACGGCAAGGCGGACUGCUACUUCGGCCACCUCACCGUCGUGGCGGACGGCUACGCCUCCAAGUUCCGCAAGCAACACCACGCCCGCACGCCCGAGGUGCGCUCGCGCUUCUGGGGGCUGGAGCUGAUCGACCCCGUCAUGCCCAAGCCCUACUACGGCCACGUGCUGCUCAGCGACGACGCCCCGAUCCUCAUCUACCAGAUCGGCACCCACGAGACCCGCAUCCUGAUCGAUAUCCCGGAAAACUGCCCCUCGGCUUCCGUCAAGAACGGCGGCGUCAAGGCCCACAUGCGCAACGUCGUCCUCCCUUCGUUGCCGGAAUCCGUCCGCCCCUCCUUCGAGGCCGCCCUCGAGAAGGGCCCGCUGCGCUCCAUGCCCAACUCCUACUUGCCCAGUGCGCGCAACCAGACCCCCGGGCUGGUCAUCCUGGGCGACGCCCUCAACAUGCGCCACCCGCUGACCGGCGGCGGCAUGACCGUCGCGUUUAAUGAUGUUGUGGUCCUGCGUGACCUGCUGAGUCCCGAGCGGGUGCCCAGCUUCAGUAACACCGAAAAGGUCAUCCGGCAGCUGUCCUCGUUCCACUGGCAGCGCAAGAACGGAUCCUCGGUCAUCAACAUCCUUGCGAUGGCGCUGUACAGUCUUUUUGCUGCGGACGAUGAACACCUCCGCGCCCUCCAACGCGGCUGCUUCCGCUACUUCGAACUGGGCAUGACGGCCGGCCCCGUGGGCCUGCUGGCGGGCAUGACCCAGAAACCCGCCGUGCUGUUCGGCCACUUCUUCACCGUGGCCUUCCUGUCGCUGUGGCUGCUGGUCGCCGAGUCGCCCCUGUACAAGCUGCCGCUGGUGCUGUGGCAGUGUGUCAUGGUGUUCUGGACGGCGUGCGUGGUGAUUUUCCCGUACAUGCUGAUCGAGGCGUUUUGUUGAAUGCUGAUUGCUUGGUGGACUGUGAAUAUUCCCUUUUUAUUCUGGCGUGUAUAAUAUUGACUUCGGUGUCUUUGAACUAUAUUAAUACCUUUUUUUUGUGUUGUGGUUGUUUUACGUCAAGUUGGGUUGUUGGGGACCUAGUAUAUACGUGCUACGUUUUUGUGGUUGAUAGAAUAACAAGAUAGCGUGGUUUAAUGAUAAGUAUAAGAGUCAGGU